AUGUCGAAACCCGUCAUUGCAAUCUUGGACCUGCCGGAAGAGACGCAGCGUGAAAUCGUUUCCUAUUGCACACAAGGCGAUUUGAUCUGCCUUGCACUCGUCUGUAAGCACUUCCAUCAUCUGGCGUCGUCACAACUCUAUCGAAAUUUCCACAUCGUCUUCCCGGAUGAUGAUGAUGUCAAUUUUGAUUCCCCCAUUGAUGGGCUGGCCGGAGGUCUCGAUACUCUCUCGACGAGCGAGUACAACUAUGCCAAGCACUUGAAGGAUCUCUCCAUGGACACCCUCAGUGCUGGUGCCAAAGGCGAGCAUUCAUAUCACCCGUAUUUGUACAGUACUAGCUGCGGUAAAUUCUUCAACACGUUGCUGCAUUUGACCUUGAAGCGAGCUCAUUCUUUGGAGUCAUUUCGUUGGAACAUCCGCGUUGAGCUCAGCCGCCCAGUAUACGCUCAGCUUCACCGCAUUAGAUCGCUCAAGAGGCUACAUCUGCGCCUACAGGCUGGCGAUUCGUACUAUACACCACCCCCUCCUCUUCCUAUAUAUACGGAUCUGGAUCCUCUUGGUCAGCCAAAUGGUCACCGGCAUGAUUCGAUUUCACCCAUGCAACCUUAUGCAACUUCCACGCCAUCCUCUCUUCUCGUAUCUGGAAGCCCAACUCCCGGGCCGCCUCCCGCUUUGUUGCCACCCUCUUCUCGACCGUGGCCGAAAAGCAAAGCUGGGAAGAAAGGUUCCGGUGUUGCUGAACCGUCCACCUUAUCUGGGUUCAAAGAACUCAAGAGUUUGUCUGUGCUGGAUAUUGACAGUCUAGACGUCAUCCCCGAGAUGGCAGCUUGCGUGCAUAAUUCUUUUUCGACGUUGAAGGAACUUCAACUAUCACUUUCCGAUGCGCUGGCGCAACAGGCUCGUAGGCCGCCUCAGGACUCGGAAGUCGAUGACUCGGACGCUGAAGAUGAAUUCAACGUACUUGCAUCGACGGAAGAGCAGCAAGAUUACAGCGCGAACGGUCCUGCCAAAAUAUUCCGGGCUCAAGAGGAACGGAAACUCCAGGACCUGGUGUUUGGAAACGUUUUCGGAAUCAAAGAGCCGCACUUGAGUAAAAAGACUCCGAUGCAACUCACUGCUUCACUAAAUCUCCAAACAUUGUCCAGCAUCAAAGCAGAAGGUUGCGAAGCACCCCAUGUCGACCCCCGCGAAGAGUUUGUUGCCUCCAUAAAAGCCGCUUCGACGCGGUUAACGACGAUGAUGAACGGAUCCAAGGACUUUUCCAUCUCUCAGCAGGUAGUUCUGGACAUGAUUGAAAAGGCCGCGCGUAAAUAUGUGGAAACAGAUCCGAGCCGUAGCCACGGCAAGCGGUGCACCAAGUCUGCAGCAAGCAAUGAUCGGCCAUCGAGCCGGCAGCAGGGAAUCGGGUCGUUUCAGACUCAACCACCGGGCGCUGCUGAGAGUUCUUGGAACCCGGCAGAAGAGCGCGCAGAGAAUGACUUUGCCGCAGGCCGAUUGACCAACUCGGGGAGUAGACGUGCUACUACAGAAGAAGGAAUUCCAGCCGGGGGCGGCGAGGGGCUCAGCCGUUGCUCAAAGACGGGAGCAGACCUUUUGCCGGAAAAUGUUGACAUGGGGCACACGGAUGACUUUGCUGAGCAACGAAGCGAGGAUAUCUCAGGAAAACCAAGGAAUCCCGAGGCCAGCCAGAUUUCCAACGCUUGCCGUUCUGCCGCCCGUGGCGAGUGUAUCUGCGAAUCGGAGACGAGCGUGUCUCCUGCUCAACAACACGCGCAGGAUGGUAUCAAGUUGGACCCCAGACUCACCAAGGAAGAUCGAGCUGCCGUUGCGGAGAAACUCGUACAGCUGCACCGGCUGAUGCACGAAGUUGGACAACGCGUUCUGGAGCUGCGCGAUGAUCGAGUAAGCCAGGGACAGCCUGCGGCUGUUGGUUCCCUCGAGUCGGAGCUGGCCAUUCUUAAUCGGAGCGCGAUAGAAGUGUCGAAUGAGAUUCGGAUACUCGAAUCCGAGAUUGAGGAGAUGCUUCAAUCACCCGCCUCACGAAAGGAGGAGGACGCCAAGCGAAACAUGGAUGCGUAUACCCGCAAGACAAGGGGGAUGUCGCUGGAAACGCUGAAAAUCUGCCUGGUUCCAGUCAAGGCGUCGGUUCUGUCACGGGCGAUUGACGUUUCUUGCAUCAGGGAGCUAACGCUCAUCAACGUGGGGAAUCAGGCACCGAUCUGGUCGAUGCUUUCCAAGGAGCAGAAGCAUCGGCCACUCGCGCUGAGGAGCGUCUUUACGGAUCAUGUGUCGGCAGCCUUUUUGACGUGCAUGGCGCAACUGCCACGCCUGGAUGACCUGUUCAUGUUGGAGCGCAGCCUCAAGCACAAGCCGGAGAGCUUUGCGCCGCGAACAGCCACCUCGAUGGACCAGAUACGGCGGCUGGUUCUCAAGAAGCACGUGCCCACGCUCAAGAGGCUGAUGAUUAAGGAUGAGUCGAACGGUCCAAACUGGGACGCAAAUGAGAAGACCAUGAUACUCAUCUGCACCCGAGGCACUAAGCUCGAGGAGCUGGCGUUGAGUUUCAACAUUCAUGCAGUGCACGCUUUUAUGCAAUACUUUUCCGGCCUCGUCAGUCUGCGGGCCAUCAACAUCCUUCACUUCAGAAACAACGACACCUGCAUCUGGGUCAUGCGGGAGAUUCUGCGAUUCAUGGUGGACAACCUAUCCCACCAUCCGGAGCUGAAGCUGGAGUGGAUCGCGAUGGAGGACGACCGGGUAGACCGCGUGAUUCGGCCGUCAGAUGACGCCGCCGAGUCGUGCACCGAGGCGCCGACGAAGCGAGCCAGUGACAAGGGGAAGGACAAGGCCCACGCGUCAGCGUCGUGGGGCGCCAGCUCGUCUCCGGAUUACCCUCUGAUGCCGCUGGACGGGCUGGACUCUGACAGCGACAGCGAGGAUUCCGACAGCGACAGCGGAUCAAGGCUGCGAUAUACAACAGUCGGCCCGCUACAGUUCUACGACGUGUGGGGAGUCAAGAUAUUCGAAAAGGAGAUUCGGAGCGGGAGGCUCUGA